AUGUCAAUCAACAGCACAAGCAGUGACGCUAUGUCGAAUAAUCGUACACUCAUCGUUACUCUCAGUGCAGUGCUCUCCGUUGUUGGUGUGGUGGUUAUCACAAUCGGCGUAUAUCUCUGCUCGCGCAAUCGGCGCCUGAAACGACUGGCCAUUUUCAAUCGAGGAAUCACGCCCAUCGACGACGACGAAAUUGCGACGUGGAAGGUCAAUCGUUCCAGCAACGAGAACAACGAGAAGGAUGUGGCGCGAAGGAAACACGACUCGAGUAAUUCAACUUAUACGCAUAAGGCUCCCAGUCUAAUCCAAUAUCAUAACGGCUCGACGCGGCCGUCGCUCGACGUUUCGCCAAGGUCACCUCAUUCUUUUAUUCGCAAGCAGAGCAUGGAUUUGCCGCCAUCACCACCGAGUGCUGUGCUCGCCAAAGCACCCAACUCUCGAAGUGGUUUGACAGAUGAGGCGAUACCUGGCGAUUACCCAUACCUGCCCUCACCGCGGCGCCAGCCGUCGAAACUGUCGAAGCUCCCGAACUUACCGGCAGGAACCCACAGAGCUCGAGGCUCGAGGAGUAGCAGCAUCAAGUCUUUCGCCGACGCAUGGCACGGUGAGAACUUAGAGCUGUCACCUCGCACAUCAACCGAUCACUCUAGCACACGUGCCUAUUCUCGAAUUUACUCCAACGCCGCGGCGCCUCCGCGGCCUUCUUUCGGCGACCUCGCCGAGACCAAUCUAUUUACCGGGCUCUCCCCACCACCACUUCACCGUAACGACAUUGGGCGAGCCAUUGGUUGA